UCAGUAUCUCUAACCCCAUUUCUUAUUCUUGUUCGUUCCUUGAUUAUAAUUAGAUAACAUCGUUUGGAGAUGAGAAUGAAAAGUGCUUGUACUCUCUGCGUGUAUUACAUGAUGUGAACGUGAUCAAUAAUGAUACUUGGCAAUCUCAACUCAAGUGUUCUUUUUUGGGAAGAAUAGAAACCCUAGGUGCAUUCUCGGCCUGGGAUUGGCAAUCUACAUGCCAUUCAUAGCUCAAGAUGUUAAGGGAGCAGCAUUUUGCCUCCCUGACAGAGGGAUGGGAUGUUUGAUUUAUCUAGUUGGAGGCUUCAUUUGGAUGGUUUAGAGGUCUUGGGCUGGUUGUUUGACUAAGGAUCCAUGGCUCUGUGCUUAAUGAAGCCCAAAUAUUUCUUUAUAUGCAGGUUUUCAGUUUUUAUGAUUCAUGUGUGAUGCACCUAAAUGUCCAUGGGGACAUUCAUAGCUGUCAUGAGCCAAGCUUAUUUAAGGCAUUAUGCUUACCUGUGACUGUUUGUCUUAUGUGUAUGGGAUGGGUUACUAUAAUGUUAAUAGUAACAUAGAUUUUGGUCAUUGAGUGUGCCAAUGCCUUAGUGUAAAAUGGGAGUAUGACUGAGUCAGUUUUAUGUGUCCCAGUGCUAGAGUUAGAAUAACAUAGAAAGCUUUUUAGGAGAGGGUGAACAUUUGUCAAUCAUCGUAAGACUCACUAGCAUUUGUAAACAUGUUUAUCCUACUUGCUUCCCUUGUUAAACACAUGUUGCCUACAAAGGUGGUGUUAAUGAAUUACGUUGCUACAAUGUUCUCAUGUCCUUGAGUCACCCUCAAAUCAUCCAACCAAGGAGAACCAAGGAGUACAUGGCCAUACUUCAUAGAUAUGAUAUCACACCAAACAUUAUCAAAAUAGUCAACCAUUUGGAUGGGAACCAAACAUCUUUCACAAACAUGUACGAUAGAGUUAUCAACCCAAGACAUCUUAUAAGGCUCUAGGUGAGGUUUUGGAUGAAGCUGCAUUCGAGCGACUCCAUUUAUGGAUACCACGUUCAUUGGACAUCUUCCAUCAAUGAUGAUUUUGCAAACCUUUUCUCCUCAGUUGAGAAAGGUGUUGAAAAGCUUGAAAUUGUUCCCAAAGUUUGGCAAUUGGCGUUCCUUUUUCCUGUAAUUUGUCACCAUGUUGCUAAAUUUAUACACACACACACACACACAUAUAUAUUGCAAUUUUACAUCAGCAAUAACCCUUUAACACUCUUUCUCACAAGCCUUACUCCCAAUUUCUCAAAAACUAUCUUCAAUUCACCUUUGAUAUUGAUUGUUGAAACGAAACAAUUUUCAAAGAAAAUUCAGAAAUUACAGCAACAAAACCUGAUUUUUAAUGCUAGAGUGACAAUUUCUAGGGUUUUGUGCCAAAUUAUCAUGCUUGCUUGCAAUAUAUUGUGUCCACAAUCAAAAUAUCUCCUUGCAGGUCAAAAUAUCAUGUAGAAAUCCCAACAUCCCUCGAAUGGAGCAAUUCCUCGUGAAACUGGAAGCAGGAGAAGACUCAAGCGGAGUCCAACUCGCAGGUUGCCGGUGUCUGGGGGCGUGUGAGGUGCUGCCAGUGGCAAGACUCUAGCAAUGAAACUUCAGUCGAGUGUAGAUUUGGUAAUGGGGAUUACAGUUGUAGUACGGUAUGAUGAAAAAAGUACAGGAGGUGGGGACUUUCGAAGGGCUGAUGGCUAGAGAAGUUUGGACGGCAUGUGGGGCCACAUGAUUGGUUGGAUGGUGAUGCAAUUUUUAGGGGAAGGGUUUCACAGGUUUUUGUUUUCAGUGGAAUGGGAGAUUUUGUAGGAUAGCAGCUGGAAAGUGGUGUUCGAGCAAAAUGACACAGCUGGAAUUUCAGAAAAGUUCAAAAAACUGCCUUUCUGUUUUUUUUUUUUUUAAAAACUGAAUUUUCAGAACAGAGAUGAUGAGAGACUAACACAGGGAGAGUGAUUAAUGGAGAGAAGAAGAAGAAGAAGAACAAGAGAAACAAAGAAGAAGAAAGAGGGUAGAAGGCUGCUGGGCAGCAGAGCAUUAGGGACGGAACAAGAAAUCAGAAUAGAGAAAAGAAAGAAGAAGAGAGGAGGAGAAGAAGAGAGGGGCAGAAGAGAAGGGAGAGGGGGAAGUAUGGGGGGAUUGAAAUGGAAGAAUGGUGAUCGAAGUUGGGCUCUGAUACCAAAUGAUGCAGUGGCAGUAUCAAGGUUCUGCAGCCUGGAGAAAUUAGAAGAGAGGAGAGGGAGGGGAAGGGAGGAGAGAGGAGAUACCAGGGGGAAAACUCAUGUUCAGCAACUACUUUUGAAGUCAAUUCCUUCGUGCUUUGAAUUGAAGUGCAGAACCUAUAGCUUACUGAGCCAAUGUUACCAUCUUGUUGGUGCCAUCCCCCCGCAAAAGCAGAUUCUAAACAAGGGUCUGGAGCUUAUAACAUCUUCUGAAGAUGGGUUUGCAGUGAAGUUAUGGUCUUGCAACUUCAAUUCACAGCUUGCAAAUGCUUUGGUAAUUGAAGGAGAUUAUCAAAGUUCAAUCUCAGCUUUGAAGCAAGGAUAUAAAUGCGCAACUGAAAUCUGUCAUCAAGAGUUGCAGAUGUUUUUUGCGACUUCCAUCUUACAUGUGCAUCUUAUGCAAUGGAAUGAUGCGGAUUUGGUUGAGAAGGCUGUCAAUAACUGCAAUGAGGUUUGGGAAUCUAUUCUGCCAGAUAAAAAUGCUGCUCAACAUGUUGACAAAUUGGAUGCUGCUAUGAAGGCUGACUUGCAACAAGUACGUCAUAUACAGGAUCUGACCAAAGAACUCAAUGCCAUAAAUGAAAGUCUCUCUCGUUCUGAUUUACGGUACAGAGAGAGAUCAGCGCUGUCUGAAAAACAAGCUCAACUUCAAGAGAAACUGAAAAAUGUGACCGGAUUGAGUUCAACUGGAAAAGAAUAUCUGGAAUCAUCAUAUUUUGGGAACAUAAGAAGGGCAUGGGGAGAUAAGAUCGAGCUAGCACCACCUCCUAUUGAUGGGGAGUGGCUACCUAGGAGUGCUGUCAAUGCACUGGUUGAUCUUAUGGUUGUAAUAGUUGGGCGUCCAAAGGGACUUUUCAAGGAGUGUGCAAAACGGAUUCAAUCUGGACUUCAUACCACCCAAGAUGAACUGGCAAAGCUUGGAAUAACUGAUGGGGUCAGAGAAGUGGAAUUGCAGCAUUCUGCCAUCUGGAUUGCUGGUGUAUACUUGAUGCUUAUAAUGCAGUUCCUUGAGAAUAAAGUAGCUGUGGAGCUCACUCGAUCUGAAUUUGUUGAAGCACAAGAGGCUUUGGUGCUGAUGAGAAAUUGGUACAUUCGCUUUCCAACAAUUUUACAGGCUUGUGAAUGCAUUAUUGAGAUGCUUAGAGGGCAGUAUGCUCAUUCUGUUGGCUGUUUUAGUGAAGCAGCUUUUCACUAUAUUGAAGCAGCAAAGUUAACAGAAAGCAAAUCAAUGCAAUGUAUGUGCCAAGUUUAUGCUGCUGUCUCUUACAUCAGCAUUGGUGAUGCUGAAUCAUCCGCACAGGCACUUGAUUUAAUUGGGCCAAUAUUCAAAAUGGUGGAUUCAUUUGUGGGAGUGCGAGAGAAAACCUGUGUCCUGUUUGCUUAUGGCCUUUUGUUGAUGAAGCAGCAGAAUCUACAAGAUGCAAGAAUUCGACUAGCCACAGGAUUGCAGAUCACGCAUAAUAAUUUGGGUAAUCUUCAGCUUGUUUCCCAAUAUUUAACAAUCCUAGGGAGUUUGGCAGUUGCCCUCCAUGAUACAGGACAGGCUAGAGAGAUCUUGAGAUCCUCCCUUACAUUGGCAAAGAAGCUCUAUGAUAUUCCAAGCCAGAUCUCGGUACUGUCAACUUUGACAGAUUUGUAUCAAGAAUUGGGCGAGCUUGGAAAUGAAAUGGAGAACAGUGAAUAUCAGAAGAAAAAGGUGGAUGAGCUGCAAAAGAGGCUUGUUGACGCACAUUCAUCCAUACACCACAUUGAAUUAAUUGACAAAGUAAGACUUGAAGUUGAGCAACUGCAUGAGGUUGACAUCAAACGCGCCAUGGCAGGGCCAUCAAUGCGAGUCAAUCUUGACAUCCCAGAGUCUAUUGGUCUGUCAACCCCUUUGCCUGCUCCUUCAUCGUCAAGGCUAGUGGAUUUAGACAGUCGAAGACGAGGGAAGAGGAUACUUUAGUUUUCUACUCGUAAGGUACUGGGGGAAAUUGGUUAAAUUCAAUUAUGGCCUGCGCCAUUUCUUUGCAGAAGGCUGUGCUGCUUCCUUUCAUCCAUGGAUCACUGGUGCAAUGAGAAGUUCUCCACUAUAAUGAAGUUCAUUGUGUAUCAUAUCUCUACAAUAAUGAAGUUCAUUGUGUAUCAUAUUUCCAUCUAGCUUAUCGGCAUUUUUUUUUUUUUUGACCUGCCUCUUUCUUUGAAUUACUCAUUUGCACAAAUGAUUUUGUUUUUAGGCGGAUUCAGGUGGAUGCCCUACUGUAUGCAGAUAGGCAAAAUUGGAAGAUGUUUAUAUGUUAACCUGUAAAGGCUCUGCAAACAAAUAUGCAGUCAUGAUAGGACUCAUUUUAGGUGAACACUGAACUCCAUACCAAUUUUUAUGAUUGUGAGGAAGGAGAGCAGAAUCUCCAAAUCUUGAUUACAUCUACGGCGGCAAUGGUUCUGUUACUUCCACAUUUUUUAACCAUAGGAAAUGAAUAUUGGGCCAAUUGCAUCAAUAGAGAUUGAACUAUUACCUCAUUUUGAGUGUUAUCUUUUUUGUCUAUUUUUUGUUAGGGUUUGUAAUAAAGCUAUCAAAUUCAAUAAAUUCAGUGUACUCCCUCUGUUAUCCCAAA